AUGCUUGGAUCGAUCCGCUUCCAGGUUUCUGGGCAGAUGAAUCAGACGUUUUAUGUUUAUCCUCUUCCUUUUCUCUGGUGUAGACUGUGCUGGACACCUCGCCUCCACUUUGACCCCCAAAAUGCCCUUUUUCUCGCUUUUCGGUCACAUACAUAUCCGGCUUCUCUAAAGUCGCCUCUUGUAGGCCCGUCUUCUGACCGCCGCAGCUUCGAGCACUCUCCGUCGGGCCGACUUUGCCUCCGGUCCCCUCGCCCUUCUCAAUUCAUCCUUCGCCGACAUGUCAGUCGUCCAGCCAACCAGCCGCCUCCAUUUGCUGGGGCCGGUUGUCAGCCUCAAUCCAAGGCGAGCCUGUUUUCAUGGCCUGGCUCGGUUGGGCAUGCCUUUCGUCACGACUUCAAUCGGUGUUUGCCCGUUAAACUGAUGGCCCUACAACCGGGUCAAAUUGGUUGUGUCAGAGCCGAGAGAAAGGCUCACCUUGUCGAGGGUUGUUCACUCCAGCAUCAGAGGAGCCGUCUUUGUCGAGGUUUUUCUGAUAGUCUCGAGGCCCACUUUCAGACGAAGAAGUUUGGGGUCUUAUGA